UUCCACUUUGUCCCUCUAUCGCACUGUCCCGUUUCCAUUGGUCAACAGAGAUGAGUUUCAACGAUCUAGAGCGAGGAGAGCCAUCUCAACCGAUACGGCGGAGUGGCGCUCAGUCCGAGGAGGACAAGGUAUUCACGACGGUGAAGGAUUCCGUCUCCAUACAGAUCUUCAAGAUUCAGAGCAAUGUCACUGGUAUUCAGAGACUGGUGGACAAGCUGGGCAGGCCGGGUGACGGUCCAGCUUUACGGACCAGCCUACACAACUUGACCGAGUCGACUCGGGAUAUGGUGAAGAAUUCGACAGACGACGUCAAAAAGUUGGCCGCUUUUCCCGCUGGAGGACCACAUGCCGCACGGAAACCUAUACAGGCCAAGUUGGCACGAGAAUUCAGCACGGCCAUACAAUCCUUUCAGCGCGCUCAAAAGCUCAGUGCGGAGAAACAGAGACAUAAUGUGGAAGAUCAGAAACGUAGGGUGGAUCAGCUAGUCGAGGAUGAAUCAAUUGCCGAUGAGCCAAGAGGAAGCGUAGAGUUGGGACACGUCUCUCAACAGCAAUUGCAACAGCAGCAGGUCCAACAGGUCUCCGCCCAAGAGCUAGAAUUCCAAGAGACACUCAUCGCUGAGCGAGAAGCGGAGAUCAGAGAGAUCGAGACGGGGAUUCACGAGUUGAACGAUAUCUUCAGAGAUCUAGGAACGAUUGUCGAACAGCAGGGUGGUCUCAUAGAUAACAUCGAAUCCAAUAUCACUUCGGUUGCUCAGAAUACUUCUUCAGCAGCAGACGAGCUGACCACCGCCCAUGAAUAUCAGCGCAAAGCUGGCAGACGGAUGGUGUGUCUGUUGAUCAUUCUGGUGGUCGUGAUCUUGGUUGUUCUCCUGGCGAUCCUGUCGUGAUCCUUGUUGUGUCUUAUAUAAUAAUAUUGUACUUGGCAUGAUGCAUCUGUGUGGCUGGUAACGAGGACACCUCGGGUACUCUGAU